UGGGCGGGGAGGCCGCGGAGGAGACAGCGGGAGCCGGGCGGGGGCAGCGGAGGCGCUGGGCUGCGGGCCGGAGCCAUGAGCCGUUAUCAGAGGUUGGUGAGCACUUCCCUUCAGUGCCAACGGUUCCACACUGCAGCAGGACGUCUAAAGAGCAAAACGGGGGCAGAGCACCGCUGGCUGGAGCGACAUCUUAAGGAUCCAUUUGUGAGGGCAGCAAAACAGCAUAAUUAUCGUUGCAGGAGUGCUUUCAAACUGCUGGAGAUAGAUGACAAACAUAAGGUUCUUCAUCCAGGGCUCUCUGUGAUAGACUGUGGGGCAGCUCCUGGAGCUUGGAGUCAGGUUGCUGUACAGCGAGUUAAUGCUUUGGGCACUGAUCCUAAUGCCCCUGUUGGUUUUGUGCUUGGAGUUGACCUUCUUCAUAUUUCCCCCCUGGAAGGAGCAGUCUUCCUUCCCAAUGCUGAUAUUACAGAUCCAGUUACGCUUAAGAAGAUCCAGGAGCUCCUUCCUACAGAGAGGGCAGAUGUUAUCUUGAGUGACAUGGCACCUAAUGCCACAGGGAUCCGAGAGCUUGAUCAUCAGAAGUUGAUUAACUUGUGCUUGUCCCUUUUGGAUCUCUCCCAAAGUAUCUUGCGGCCAAGGGGAACCAUCCUCUGUAAAUUCUGGGAUGGACGGGAAGCCCAUCUGCUCCAAAACAGACUAACGGAGCAUUUCCAAGAUGUGAGAACUAUAAAGCCUCAGUCCAGCCGGAAAGAGUCAGCAGAGAUCUAUUACUUGGCAAAACUGUACAACCAUGGAGUGAAACAUCAGAAACACAGAUGAUUGUGUCUGCCCUUAUUGCAGUGGUUGUCAGUCACUGACUGGAUGCCUUGAUCUGAAGUGUACUUGAAAAAAAAAAAAUCACAGCGCUGAAACUCUGAAAUUGAAUUGCAUUAUUUUUAAGCCUAAUUUGGUGAACUCUGUCAUUUAUGUAACACCAUAGGUGUCCAUCAUGGUUUAUAGAUACAAAAUAAAACAAGGUCGUUCCCCACUGAGUUUAUAAUCUAAUUAGGCAAGUAAGGACAUCCAAUCUAACUCCCCACCUGGGAAGAAAGCUCUUGAAAUUAUAUAAAACUUGCCUGUGGAGGAUGGAAAUACAAAUAAAACACUAGUUAUAGAUUUGUUUA